UUGCGAUUGUCUCGGAAGAGUCUGCGAGGAGAAAGCACAAUUUGCCGGGCAUUUGAUCCGCGCUCUGGCUCGUUGCUACGUAACGUGUUCGUAUUCUGCCCGCAUUUUCGGCGAAUGCUUCUUUGUAAAAUCUAUUUUGUUCGAUUGUUCGAAACAUGCCGAAAGUGAACACGAUACUUAAUUAUUUCUCGUCUCCGAAAGCUGUCAAGAAACCGGAGCCGAAAAAAGAGGAGAGAGGAAAGUCGCAGACUCCCAAGAGAGAACAAAAGAACAAAGAACAUGUCAAGAAUAGCAGAGGAAAAGAAAAUCAAAAUACUGAUGACAGAAAGAGAUCACACAAAGACGAACAAGAUGAUGAAGAGAAUAAAUCCAUAAAACCUAAAAGGAGACGUCUUAUUAUACCUGAUGUUGAUUCUGAUGACGAUUCUGGAGAUGAUUUUAAGCCAGAUGCUGAAUCCGACGAGUCUGAAUCAGUUUCUGAAGGAGAUAGUGAGCAUGAACCUGAGACAGAGACAGAGGAGGAGACUCCAGAGAAAAAAAGAAAAAUAUCCAAUGCUAAAUCUAAACCAAGACAACCUAGUCGUUCAAAAUACAAUACAAAAACUAAUAAAAAAGAACCUAAACAAGCUAUGCAAACGCAAAAUCAAGUUAUCAGUAAUGGAUCUGCUACUGCUACUCCUACUUGGCCACAUUUGAAAUUAGAUUUCCUGCAGCCAGGGAAAAUCAGAGAUAUACAAAGGAGAACAGCAAAAGAUCCGGAUUAUGAUUCUAAGACUGUCUACGUACCUCAUGACUUCUUGCUUAAUCAAACUCCUGCAAUGAGGCAGUGGUGGGAAUUGAAGAGCAAGCAUUUUGAUUGUGUACUCUUCUUCAAAGUCGGUAAAUUCUACGAACUGUAUCACAUGGAUGCAGUUAUUGGUGUCAAUGAGCUUAGCCUCACGUAUAUGCGAGGUGAAUUUGCGCACUCUGGAUUCCCUGAAAUCGGAUACGGUCGCUAUUCGGCGAGUCUCAUAGAAAGAGGAUACAAAGUCGCGCGAGUCGAGCAAACGGAAAACCCGGAGAUGAUGACAGCGCGUUGCAACAAAACGAACAAGCCGACGAAGUUCGACAAGGUUGUGAAGCGAGAGAUCUGUCAAGUCAGCACCAAGGGUACGAGAGUGUACACUCCGCUGGACGUGGAGGCGUCCACGCCGAAUUCCAACUAUUUGUUAGCCUUAGUUGAGAAAUGCAAUCUCGACUCGACGACUAGCUCCUUCGGUGUGUGCUUCAUCGACACGACAAUAGGCGAGUUCUAUCUUGGCCAGUUCGAAGACGAUCGUUGCAACUCCAGGCUGUUGACUCUGCUGGCUCACCACCCGCCGGUUCAUGUAAUAUACGAACGCGGUAAUCUAUCGCCCAAGAUUUUACAGAUCAUAAACAGUAUUCUACCAACGGCGUUGAAAGAACCGUUGCAGCGCGAAGCGCAAUUUUGGUCUGCCGCAACCACAUUGAAAAAACUUCAUGAAGAGGACUACUUCAAGAAGGAGAAAGACUCCAGCUUUGCAUGGCCUGAAGGCUUAAAGCCGUAUCUUAAUGAAGGCGACAGUUUAGGUCUGACACCAGCCGACAAUAAGGAAUUAGCGGUACACGCAUUGGGAGGAUGUGUGUACUUGCUGAAGGAGUAUUUGCUGGAACAGCGUCUGUUGGCGCAGGGUUGCUUCAACACUUACUGUCCACCGGACUUCUCAGCCGCGAUUAAUCGCACAGGUCUCAAUUAUGCGAAUACCAUGGUAAUAGAUGCCGUUACAAUAAAGAAUUUGAGGAUCUUCGGGGAGGGUUCGCUUAUCAGCGUAUUGGACCGUUGCUGCACCGCGUUUGGCAAGAGAUUGCUGCGCCAAUGGAUCUGCAGGCCAUCUUGCCGCAAAGUUGUCAUCUUGGAGCGCCAACAAGCCGUUGAAGAAUUGGUGGAUCGAAUAGACGUGAUGCAAUCAGCACGCGCUAUCUUGACAACUCUGCCGGACCUCGAGAGAUUAUUGAGCAAAAUACACGCUCAAGGCAAUCCCAGAAUGAAGAAUCACCCCGAUGGCAGAGCCAUAAUGUUCGAGGGCCCGACGUACUCGAAGAGAGUAAUUAUAGAUUUCACUACGACCCUCGCCAAGUUCGAAGACGUUUUGAAAUUCAUCGAACUGUUUGAUGACUUCAAAAAUAAUUUGAUAACUCGCUGUACUCAGUACGAACCAAACGGUGAAUUCCCAAGUCUGAGAGAAAUCUUGGAUUACUUUAAGACGGCGUUCGACCACGAGGAAGCCAAGAAGCAAGGUUGCAUCGUUCCCAAGAAAGGAGUAGACGACGAGUAUGAUUCGGUCUUGACCGAGCUCGCGCAAAACAAGGAAGAUCUAGAUCAGUAUCUAAAGAAACAGAAGCAACAUUUUGGCGUGAAGAUAACGUUUCACGGGACAGAUCGGAAACGCUAUCAGAUUGAGGUGCCGGAGUCGCAAGUUAAAAAGGUCGGACCAGGCUACGAGCUACAGUCGCAACGAAAAGGCUUCAAACGCUACUAUACUGCCGAGGCGAGGGAACUUUUGAUACGGCAGAUAAAUGCGGAAGAGCACCGGGAUAAAGUGCUGAAGGAUCUUAACAGGCGCAUAUUCGCGCAGUUCAGCGAGAACUACGAUACAUGGCAUAUGGCAGUUUACAAAUUGGCCACCAUGGACGUUCUCAUCUCGCUCGCGGAUUACGCUCGAAACGGUGAUAUGUGCGUUCCAGAGAUACAUGAGGGAUCGGACGGUGAGAUCUUCGUCGAGAUCAGAGACGGAAAGCAUCCCUGCAUCGCAUCUGACAACUUCAUACCCAACGAUACCUUAUUGGCAACCGGUGAUGCUGCCUCUUUCAUGAUCCUUACGGGACCGAACAUGGGAGGCAAGUCGACUCUCAUGCGCCAAGUGGGCUUGAUCACGAUCAUGGCGCAACUGGGUAGUUACGUUCCGGCCAGCUCGUGCCGCGUGACGCUGGUGGACCGCAUUUUUACGAGACUGGGCGCGAACGACGACAUCCUGGCCGGUCAGAGCACGUUCUUGGUGGAACUGAGCGAAACCGCCACGAUACUGCAACACGCUACGCCCUAUUCGCUGGUUCUUCUGGAUGAAUUGGGACGCGGCACAUCGACCUACGACGGCACAGCGAUAGCGGCUUCGGUGGUAGACGCGUUGACCAAGCUGAAAUGUCGCACGUUAUUCUCGACGCAUUAUCAUUCCUUGGUCGAGGAUUACAAGACCAACAAGGAGGUCACGUUAGCCCAUAUGGCAUGUAUGGUGGAAACCGAGGAGAAAGAGGAAGUGUCGCAGGAAACUGUGACGUUCUUGUAUAAGCUCAGCGAAGGCGCUUGUCCGAAGUCGUACGGAUUCAAUGCCGCUCGAUUAGCGGGCGUACCCUCUGUCAUUACAAACAGAGCGCACGAAAUAGCCAGCAAGAUAGAGCAAGAGACUAAUCAUAAACACAUCUUCAGCGCUCUCUGCAGAGCUAACACCGCAGCCGAAAUGAAGGAUCUCAUCGUUAUGCUGAAUAAAUUCUCAUGCGGUCGCGCUUAAGGAAACUGUCGUCAGCAAAGCGAUCGCUUUGUUUAUUGGAUCUGUAAGCCAUAUGAAGUAUUUCCAGACGAUUAGUUAUUUAUUUGAGAAUUGAAUACAGAAACAGAGAUAUUUUACACACAUAUACACGUACAUACACAUACACAACGUAUGAUUAUAUGAUUACUCACGCGAAUCUAAAUUUCUGUUUUACAAAAUAUGAGUUUUGAUACUUUCGUGUUUAGAUGUCAUAAGAGUUAUUUGUAAUAAGUUGUCAUGUAUGUUAUUUAAAAAUAGUAUUUAUACUGUAAACAUUUGUUCUGGGAAUUAUUUCAAUAUAUUAUUGUUUUACGAGAAUUGUUUUACUUACUUGUAAAGAAAUUGAGUCUCAAUUACUUCUGUUUCUGUACGAAAUUGAUCGGUCUUCUUUGUCACAUGUAUUGUACUAUACAUCGUUUGUUGAUAUGAUUAUCGAAUUCAUUAAUUCAUUAAGCUUGAUGUGCUUGCGUUCGAAAUUCUCUGUAAUAUUUAAGAAAUAUCUCUAUUUAUAUAUGCAGUAAGAAAUGUCUCUAUUUAUAUAUGCAGUCCGUUGAGCCGUUUUAUUUUGUAAAAAAAAAAAAACAGAAAUAACGAGUCACAUGUUCUGGAGUUUCUGUAAAUUCAAACUCUGUAUACAUCAUUCUGUUUUCGCCAUAUCGUUUUUAUUUCAUUGUCAACAAAUUGCGUAAUUUAGCAUGUUAAAUAUUUUGAUAAUAAAAAACUAUUUUACGACAAAAACACCGCGU